AAAGAGAAAGAAAGAAAGAGAGAGAGCAUGGAGGAGUCAGCGCCGGAAGCGGCGUCGCGCUGCCGCGCGUAACCGUAAAGAUCCGUCGCGUACAGUGUACGAUCUCCCCCUAGUUUCCUCUUACCCCUCUCCUACCCCCGUAUCGGGGCAUUAACACGAGAGACCGUCGCCGCACGUUUCGGAGCAGCCGUCGGGGACGACGACGUCGCGCGCGGACGUGCGCGCGCGCACCGUGCGUGUGCAGAGUUCCGCGAGUGUGUGUAUAUGCGCGCGCGCGUAUGUGUACGUGUGUUUGUGAAUGUGCAUGCAGCCGCGUAUGUGCGUGCCUCCUGUGCCGGAUAUCAACCCCGUGAUCAUCGGCGAUCUCCGCGCGACGUUGCGAUCGAGGGGUAGAAAAAGAAUAAACAGGGUGGUGUGGUGAGAAAGAGAAGGAGGAAGAGGAAGAAAGAGCGGCGCGAGGGGAGACGAGUGGACGGACAGUCGUCGGCGAGCAAGCGAAUGCGUGCGUGCGUCGUGUACAGGACAGAGCGAUAUAAAACGAUAGAGAGGGCGCGAAAGAAGGGGAGAUAGGCGCAAGGGGAGGGAAGCAGUUUCACGUGAAGAGAGAGAGAGAGAGAGAGAUAGAGAGAGAGACGAAGGAAACAGCAGACGGCGGACCAGUCGGUGCCGCCAGAAGCGACGAAUUCGACCGGCGUUCCCUUUGUCCUCUCCGAGGGGAACAGGAGACGGCGGGACUCGCGAGCGAGCCGCGAGCAGCUGGCACGAUCAUCCCGUCGUCGGCGAGCGACGCGACGACCUGCCGGCCGGAUUGAUGCCGACAGGACGACGACGACGACGCGACGUCCCGCGCAACCGUCGAGGCGCGGCCGUGCUCGCAUCGACGCCCGAUUCGAUUUUCGUGCGCGCGGAUACGCCGUCGUCUCGCGGUGUCGUGUCGACGUCGGCGACGACGCCGCGCUACAUGGUGUUAUGUCGCCGCAGGUGGCGGAGAUACGCGUGACUCGACGGCGCCGGUGACGAAAAGCGCGCGUUCCCGUCGCAAACAGAGCGGACGAUCGGGAGAGGAGAAUGUAAGUCUCGAGCAGGCAGGAAGAAGAGAAGAGACGGGAGUCUGGACGAUCAUACACAUCGCGAAAAUCAUCAGUGCAUCGGAUAUCCCGCGGAAUUGGUGCGAUAAAGAGGCGGCGGCGGAGGAGGAGGAGGAGGAAGAAGAGGUGGACCGUUCGACCGCGCGACUAUCGUUAUUCGCGUGUCGCGAGUGGAGGUGUUUGCCAAGAGGUCGCUGUGUGCUGCAGGAAGCUGAAGAAUACUACAGAGGAUAUCCAUCUCCGAGAAGAUAGAAAGAGAGACAGGGAACACGUCGAGGACUAAGCUCUGCAUGGUCACCAAGAGACGAGAAACGUCUAUCCGCACCGAGUAAUCGUGGAAUCGAUCGUCGGUGUCAACGACGACGACGACGACGAGGAAUCGCUGGACAACAGCUUCGAGUAUCAUCGCGUAUCAUCGCGUGUCAUACGCUCGGUGAGUCGCACUCGACGAGGGAGUAUUCUCGGUCGCUGACGACGGCGACGUCGAGUCGAAUGGAGCAGCGGCGGCGGCGGUGGCACAGCAACAGCAGACGCGGCGACAACGGCGACCGCGUCGACGACAGCGGAGUCGUCAAACUUGCGCCGGCCCGGUGCCAAUAACCUCCGUUAGCCGCGGAGGUAGUAGCCGCUUCCUCACGCGACGAUGCGUUCGCCCUCGCACGCGCGACAGAUCAUAAAAUUAGAAGACGGCCGUUCGAAGCCGAGAGGAGAGACAUCGUCGGCGAGCGACAUCGCCAUCGUCGGAGGAGGCGAGGAGAAUCGACCGGAAUCGACGGGACCCUGGCGGAUUAAUUAGUCCAUUGAUCGCUGGAGCGCGGCCUGUUGUGUCGACAUACGCGACAACCCCCGAGUGCGCGGUUUCACAAUUCCUCUCUUCUCGCCAAGUGUCUGUCGGCUUCGAGCUUGUCUGCUGCGUGAUCGUACGACCGUCGUCGAGAGAUCGGCCGUGCGAAUUUACGUGAACGUGAUCAACUCGCCCCGUCUCGAGCCGAGUCGGGUGCGAGCGCAACUUCUCUAGUCCGCUGCAUUUACGCGAGAGCUGCCACGUUUCUCGCGGCCCCGAGGAUAUUAUUAGAGGAAUUGAUCCGCGUAGCCACAGCACCCACGUGUGCGAGCCGCUCCGGGACUCCCGGCGCAACGUAUCGUAGUUUCUUGAGAACGGCGAGUCGCUCACUCGUCUAGUGUUAUUUCACCGACUCCGACGAGAGGAGUUCGUUCAACAAGGUAGAAGGAAAGAGAGAGAGAGAGAGAGAUAUAUAUAUAUAUAUAUCAGCACGAAUACGAAAACGGGACUAACGCGUCGUCACGACGAGUCUAAUUUCACUGAAGCCACGGCGAAGGAAAAUCGAGACGUUCCCAUCUCCAAGAGACGCUCAUCUUCACACGGCAGUAUGCCUCACAUCGCCCUGCGGCUGCUCUUCGACGCGUCCGGCGAAAGCGCGAGGAUCGCGGGUGCCAACCAAAAGAGACACUGAUCGCGCAAACCUGUCAGCCCCGCGCGCGUCAACGGAUCCGGAGCGGUGCGCGGGCCCAUCGUUUGCGUGCUCGUGUCCUCGAUGACGAGAGCCUCGGACAGGACAGAUAGAGACGCGACAAAUGGGCACAAAUGAUUAGCUUAGCCCUGUUGGCAAGCAGGAUCGAGAUGCCCCUCUCCAAACCGAAUCCGUUCGUGCCGGCGAGCGCGAUCUCGACGCAGGCAGCGUACAUCUCAAGCAGCGACAGCAGCAACCACCUGCCGCCGAUCGUCAAGGGUACCGGAUUGACCCUCAAGCAGACCGGCGGGGGCGGCAGUGGCGGUGAUCAUCCGGUACCUUACAUCGGCUACCAGAAGCUGCCGUGGAAGCCCGGCGACAGUCUGAGUCUGGGUCUGAGCGCGUACGCGAGUCACAACUCCAGUCAUAACUCGCACUCGCAACCGAACAGCCAGUCGAGCAGUCCGGUGGUGAAGAACGGCCGUUCCGAUGGGAACUCCAGCAGCGAACGCGCGCGCGGCGGUGGCGACGGAGGUGGUGGUGGUGGCGGCGGUGGCAGCGGCGGCGGUGGUGGCGGCGGCGGUGGAGGCGGCGGAGGUGGCGGAGGCGGUAGUGGCGGCGGCAGCGGCGUCGUCGUCAGCGUCAGCAAGCCGAAGACGAUGACCGUCACGCCGGAGAUUGUGAUGAAGCUUUACAUGAACAAGCUGACGCCGUACGAGCACCACGAGAUCUUCAAUUACCAGCAGAUCUACUUCAUCGGCGCGAACGCAAAGAAACGGCCGGGCAUCAUCGGCCGGCCCAACAACAACGAGUACGACAACGAGCAGGGUUCGUACAUCCACGUGCCGCACGAUCACGUAGCGUAUCGCUACGAGGUGCUGCGGGUGAUCGGCAAGGGGUCGUUCGGCCAGGUGGUCAAGGCGUACGAUCACAAGACGCACGAACACGUGGCGCUUAAGAUGGUGCGCAACGAGAAGCGCUUCCACCGCCAGGCGCACGAAGAGAUCCGCAUACUGCGCAAGUUGCGCGAGCAGGACAAAGACAACACCAUGAACAUCAUCCACAUGUUCGACUCGUUCACGUUCCGCUGUCACAUGUGCAUCACCUUCGAGCUGCUCAGCAUCAAUCUGUACGAGCUGAUCAAGAAGAACAACUUCAAGGGCUUCAGCCUGCAACUGGUGCGCAAGUUCUCGCACUCGCUGCUGCUCUGCUUGGACGCGCUUUACAAGAACAAGAUCAUACACUGCGACAUGAAGCCGGAGAACGUGUUGCUCAAGCAGCAGGGACGCAGCGGCAUCAAGGUGAUCGACUUCGGCUCCAGUUGCUACGAGAACCAGCGGGUAUACACGUAUAUACAGAGCCGCUUUUACCGUGCGCCGGAGGUGAUCCUGGGCGCGAGGUACGGCAUGCCGAUCGAUAUGUGGAGCCUCGGCUGCAUCCUCGCGGAGCUCUUCACCGGCUUCCCGCUGCUGCCGGGUGAGGACGAGGCGGACCAACUGGCGUGCAUCAUCGAGAUGCUCGGCAUGCCGCCGCAGAAGUUGCUGCAGACCUCGAAGCGGAUGCGGCAGUUCAUCAGCUCAAAAGGCUACCCCAAGUACUGUACCGCGACGGCGAUGCCAGACGGUACGACAGUAUUGAGCGGGGGUCUCUCGAGACGCGGCAAGUUACGGGGCCCUCCGGGCUCGCACGACCUCGAGCGUGCCCUCAAGGGCUGCGACGACGUGUUGUUCUUGGACUUUCUCAGACGUUGCCUGGUGUGGGACCCGGAGAACCGGAUGACGCCGAACAAGGCGCUGAGGCAUCCGUGGUUGCGUCGCAGGCUACCGAGGCCGCCGGGCGACAAGAACGACACGUUGCCGGCGGUGACGACGGCGCAGCCAGCAACCACUAGUGGCGGCUCCACCCUCAGAACCUCCGCGUCCGGCAGCAGAAGCUCCAGCAAGACCAAUAGCUUACAAAGCGGCAGCAACAACGUCGGCGGCGGCGGCGGCGGCGGCGGCGGCGGUGGAGGUGGCGGAGGUGGAGGCGGUGGUGGCGGCGGCGGCGGUGGCGGUGGUGGUGGUAAGUCGAUCCAGGAGAUGUCCGUCUCCGCGAUUUCGGGCUACGCUUCGAGCUUCGUGGCACCGCCGCCGUUGCAUGGGUCUAAUUGGGCUAACCUGAGCGGCCAUCAGUCGCUCAACUCCGUCGGCGGUAGGAGUUCCAGCAAGACCAACAGUCUGCAGGGCGGCAACGCGAACGACGACGUUCCCGCGAGCAAGACGAGAGAGCAGAGGGACCGCAUACUCGCGGAGGCGUACGCGGGUUACAGUUCGACAUACGUAAACCCGUCCACUUGGGCGAGUCUGAGCGGCCACCACUCGCUCAACUCCGUCGGCGGUGGCAGGAGCUCCAGCAAGACCAACAGCCUGCAGAGCAUCAGCACCGCCGGCGAUAUUAUCUCCGCGAGCAAGACCGGUCAGCAGAGGGACCGCUUGGACGAUCUAUCGAUCGUCAACCCGUACUUGGGCUACGCCUGCGUGUCCGAGUCCCGCUUUCAUAGCAAUCACCGGUCGAAUCAGUCGAGUAGUCAUCAGUCGCUCAACUCCGUCGACGGCGCGACGUCCGGCAAGCAGCGCGUCAGUCGCCAGGUGCACCAGGCGCAACAGCAGCCUCAGCAGCAGCAACAGCAGCAACAACAGCAGCAGCAGCACAACAAUAACGGCUCGCACGGCUCGUCUCACGACAACUACAGCUCCCACGGCUCCUCCGGCAGUUCCAGCCGACUGGUGUUGGCGCUGCACCCUGCGGUUCAGGAGAUUCUUGAAGAGCUCAGACGAUAGGCCCAGACGUGCGGUGCCACCUUUUCUCGCCCA